GCAUUUCCUGCUCCCUCCCAAAAUUAGGGUUUUUGCGACCUCGGAGACGAUCGAGGCGACAUGGUAACCCUAAUCCCCGACGUCUCCCGCCUCCUCGCCGACACCCUGAGCACGGAGAAGUCCACCGUCGAUUCCGCCACCGAGGGACUCGAUCGCCUCUCCCGCGUCCCCCUUUUCCCCCUUUCCCUCCUUGCCGUAGCAACGGGGGGUGAGAGUCAUGGCCGAAGAGUUGCUGCGGCAACUUAUUUGAAGAAUUUUACCAGACGUCGUAUGGACAAGGUACCUUCAUCUCCCGAACUUCACAGGGAGUUCCGGAAUCAGCUUGCUCAAGCCUUACUACAAACGGAACCUGCGAUUCUCAAAGUCUUGGUUGAAGCUUUCCGUUUGGUCAUAUCCAAGGACUUUGUGAAGGAGAAUUCAUGGCCUGAACUUGUUCCUGAGUUAAAAUUAGUAAUUCAGAAUAGUAAUCUUAUUAGUCAGAGUGAACAUUCUCAGUGGAAUACUGUAAAUGCGCUUACAGUGCUGCAGACAAUUAUUAGACCCUUCCAGUACUUUCUGAAUCCAAAAUUGCCGAAGGAACCUGUGCCACCACAAUUGGAGCUAAUAGCAACAGACAUUCUUGCUCCUCUGCAAGUGACAUUCCAUCACUUUGUUGAUAAGGCUUUAUCAUUUGAAGACAAGUUACAAGUGGAAUAUGACCAAAUCCUUCUUAUCAUAUGCAAGUGCAUGUAUUUUGCUGUGAGAUCAUACAUGCCAUCUGCAUUAAUCCCGAUUUUGCCACCUUUUUGCCAUGACCUGUUCCGCAUAAUGAAUUCAUUGAGUUUAAAUGGUGCUUCUUCGGAUGAUGGGUAUGUCAUGAGGCUAAAGACUGCAAAGAGAAGUUUAAUAAUUUUUUGCAGCUUGGUCACUCGUCACAGGAAGCACGCUGACAAGCUGAUGCCGAGCAUUGUUGAUUGUGCUCUCAAAAUAGCCAAGCAAAGUGCUAAUAUAAGUAAACUCGAUUCUCUGUCGGAGCGGAUCGUUUCUUUGGCGUUUGAUGUGAUUUCACAUGUUCUAGAAACAGGACCCUACCAUAGCUACCAAUGUUCUUUACAGGGGUGGAGACUUGUUUCAUCCCAUUUUUCUUCACUUUUGGAUUCAGCAAUCUUCCCAGCAUUAACAUUGAAUCAGAAGGAUAUAUCAGAGUGGGAAGAAGAUCAUGAUGAGUACAUGAGGAAGAACCUCCCAUCUGAGCUUGAUGAAAUUUCAGGAUGGGCUGAGGAUCUGUUUACCGCUAGGAAAAGUGCUAUUAAUUUGCUCGGUGUUAUUGCACUAUCAAAGGGUCCGCCUGUUGUAUCAGCAGUUUCUAAACGUAAGAAAGGCGAUAAAAGUAAAGGAAAACAACAGCAGAGCUCCAUUGGGGAGUUAUUAGUUAUUCCAUUCUUGUCUAAGUUUCCUAUACCCUCUGAUGGGGAAGAUAUUUCGUCGAAGACGGUGCAAGAUUACUAUGGUGUUCUAAUGGCAUACGGAGGUCUCCAAGACUUCUUGAGGGAGAGAAGUUCAGAUUACACCACUACUUUGGUUCGGAUUCGGGUUCUUCCAUUGUAUUCAUUACAUCAAUGCGCGCCCUAUCUGAUUGCCUCAGCAAACUGGAUACUGGGAGAGCUAGUGUCAUGCCUCCCAGAGGCUAUGAGUGCAGAUAUUUAUAACUCAUUGACUAAGGCAUUGUCCACGCCAGACAUUGGCGAUAUUAGUUGUUAUCCUGUUCGUGCGUCUGCUGCAGGGGCCAUUUCAGAACUUCUUGAAAAUGAUUAUUUUCCACCCGAUUGGCUCUCUCUUUUGGGAGUCCUGGUUAACCGAAUUGGCGAGGGAGAUGAAAAUGAGUCCUCUCUUCUAUUCCACCUUCUUGGUGCAAUAGUCAAAUCUGGAGAAGAGAAGGUUGCAGCUCAUAUUCCUGACAUCAUAACCAGUAUUGCCGGUGCUAUUUCGAAGCAACUCCCCCCUAUUCCAGAACCAUGGCCUCAGGUAGUUGAGCGGGGUUUUGCUGCUUUAACAGUGAUGGCCCAAGCUUUGGAGGAUUCUAUGCCUUCUGAUGAAACCAAGCAACAAGAGAAAAGGAAAUGGCAAUCUGAUCAGGCUGCAGUGGCUAGGAUAGUUUCAGCACUACUGCAAAAGGGUUGGUUGACGCCUGUGGGAUUUACGGAUGGUGUUCAGGGAGCCACAGUUUCUGCUGCAUUACCACCUCCGUCGUGUAUAAAUGAUUGCUCUGCACUACUCGGAUUUAUCAUGCGGUCGGUCGCCACACCGGAUGAAGUUAGGGAUUUGAAACUUGCUGAGCUAAUAUCUGUGUGGGCUUAUCUUGUUGCCGAUUGGCAUUCUUGGGAAGAGAUGGAGGACCAGGCAAUAUUUAUUGCAAUUAAGGAAGCAAUUGAUUUUCAUCAAAGACUCGACUCAGGUGGUUUCUUUAUGAGAAGGACCCCAUCUUGGAUUUUAAAUGGGUCGACAAGUUCUAUCGUUGAGUGUGUUUCUGCUUUUGUUACCGAGGCCAUUACAGCUUAUCCAUCUGCAAUGUGGAGAGCUUGCUCAUGUGUUCAUGUCUUAUUGAAUAUUCCAAAUUUUGCAUCUGAUACUGAAGUGGUAAAAAGGAAAAUAUCGCUAGGGUUUGCACACUCAGCUUUCUCUCGUUUCAAGGAUAUAUCAAAUAAACCAAGCGGUCUAUGGAAACCUCUUUUGCUAGCUAUUUCAUCGUGUUAUAUAUCUUAUCCGGAAAUCAUCGAGCAAGCCUUAUCGGAGAAUGAAGAUAAUGGCUUCGCAAUUUGGGCAUCGGGAUUAGCAAGGAUUUCAAGUAACUCUUUUGAUCCCGGUUUGUCAUCUGAAUCAGAGAUUAGGUUAGCUGUGCUGACUUUAACAAAGGGGGUUGAGCGACUUUUGGCCCGCUCAGAAAGUGGGAGUACGGUUUUGCGGGAUUGUUUAGUGUCAUUAAUGGAGGCUUGCAUACAUCUGAAAGAAGUUCAACAGGAGGAAGAAAAUGAUGAUGAUGAUGAUGGCGACGAUGCAGAAGAUACAGGUGAUGAAGCUUCAGAAGAUGAGAUUGAUGAUGAAGAGGAUUCCGAGGACGAUGUGCGUGAGGAGACUGAAGAGGAAUUCUUGCAUAGAUACGCAGCAGCAGCUGAUGAGCUGACCGAGAUGGUUGAUGAAGGAGACAUAGAAGAUGAAGCACAAGAUAUUGAAUUGGGAUCCUUGGGUGAAGUAGACGUAGAAAAAGUUGUGUUCUCUCUAAUAAGCCAUCACCAAAACCUUCUACAGCUACAAACACUACCACCCAGCCUUGUCCAAAGUAUCCUCGGCGCAUUCCCCGAAUUCGAGCAAUUCUUUCGUGUUUCAUGUUGAGAAAUUUUAAAAGAGGUGGCCACACAACAAAUGCCUAUCUUCGUUUUUUUUGCCCCAUUCUUUGAACCCCUCUUUUUGAACCUUUCUUUUUUUUGAUUCAUGUAGAGUAUCUAUCUUAAAUGGCUGUUGUAAUUGUUCUCAGUAGCUAAAUUAUGCAGGUGAUAAUUAUAAACUUUUGCCUUUGUAUGGUGUGAUUGAUUGUAGUUUGUUUCUUCUGUUUUUUUUUAGGUAUUUUUUUUCCCCUGUUGAUUGGGUUUGUAAGUUUAGUAACAUUGCUACUGUUGAAGUUUGUGUUACAUGUAAUUCUCUUUCAUCUGCUAUAAUCUGUGACAACUCCAUGAAAAUUGUCCAAAAAGAACACCCCAUGAAGUAAUU